CAGAGAUUUGAAGCCAAACAUGCUCGUGUUGUUUUGCCUGGCAGAAUUUUGGGCGGUGGAUUUAGCAUGUUUUUGCAUGUUAAAAACUUUUGAACCCCCAACUCUACAAGACCCACCAGCAACGCUUAGAUCAGAUUUCCCCUUCAGGCAACUUAAAAUUCUCGUAACAGUUGUAUUCUGCAUACAAACAAGUCCUUUUCUUUCUUUCUUUACCCGACUGUUCUCGGCAGAAAAGCUCAGCUUCUCACGCCUGUUCUGUUCUGUUCGGCUGACAUCCGCAAAUAAUACGAGAAGAAUGUGUGACUGAUGACCUCUGUACAGUUACCCACGCGUCAUGGAGCUGCAGGCAGAGGACUUUCACCAUCCUUAUUCUCCGUACGGCAUUCAGCUCCAGUUUAUGCGCGCCUUGUAUACCUGUCUGGAAGAAGGAAAGGUCGCCGUCUUUGAAUCUCCCACUGGUACUGUACGUCACUGUGGCACUAUUAUUCCCCUAAAAGAAAGAGUCUCUAAGCUUUCUUUCUUAGGGAAAAUCCCUAAGUCUAAUUUGUGGUUCCUUGACUUGGCUCCGCAACCAUAAGCGCAAAGCUUUCCAAGAGACUGUCGACAGUACAACAUGUCUGGACAUCUCGUGGUGUUUGAUCCCCUACAGUUUCUAAUUGCCUCGUAGGUGAUAAUGGCGAACCAGAGUGGAUGCUGGAAUUCGCCAAACGCGAAUCUCAUCGUGCAAUCUCGGAAAGGAAGGAGCUGGAAGCGCGGCUGGCAAGAGCUCGCUUAGAGGAGGAAAAGCGAAGGGCCUCCUUCAAUGAGAGGCCUAAAAAGAAGCAGAGAUUUUCUUCGCCCCCUCCGGACCUCGAUGCACUGGAUGACGGUCGAUUUGCUCUUGAGGAUUACGAGAGCGAGAGUGAUGAGCCCAAAACGUACAUAAAUAGACCAGACCCUUACAAUGGUCUGUCUGCUAGUACGCUAGCUUUACUGGAACGUUUCAAGGGCCAAAUUUCCGGCCAGGCCUCAGAACUCCAAGACCCGGAAGAUGAUGACGUGAAGAUAUUCUACUGUUCGAGGACACACUCCCAGUUGACACAGUUUGCGGCUGAACUGCGGCGUGUUACUGUCCCAUCAAGCAUACCUGAAGACCUCAGUACGCACGGCAAUGAUGAUAUCUUACAACUCGGGGAGCGUGUGAAGCAUGUAUCUCUUGGAUCUCGGAAAAACUUGUGCAUCAAUCCGAAAGUAGCUGCUUUGGGAAACGCAACUUCAAUCAAUGAACGCUGCCUGGAUCUGCAACAACCGAGCGUCAGUGCCCGAAUGAGAUGUCCUUAUCUACCGUCGAAGGAUAGCGAAGCUUUGAAUUUGCAAUUUCGAGACCACGCAUUGGCCAGUAUCAAAGAUAUUGAGGACUUGGGUAAAGUCGGCAAGCAGCUUGGCCUCUGCCCGUACUACGCAUCACGUUCUGUAGUCAAACAUAGCGAGAUCAUCACCCUUCCAUACCCACUGCUGCUUCAGAAGUCAGCUCGAGAAGCACUUGAUCUUUCAAUAAAGGGCCACGUUGUAAUCAUUGAUGAGGCCCACAAUCUCAUGGAUGCGAUAUCUAAUAUUCACUCUGUCACCGUCACACUCUCUCAGCUGCGAAUGGCACACUCCCAGCUGACUGCCUAUGCACGAAGGUUUAAGACACGGUUAAAAGGGAAGAACAGGUCCUAUAUCGCCCAGGUCAUCAGGCUUAUCGACUCUAUCGCGACUCGUCUCCGCUCAAUACUCGAAAGCAAGGGGGCAUCUGAAGGUUCCAUACAGGCUUCGGACCUCAUGGCUGGGAAGGGUGUUGAUCAGAUCAAUCCGUACAAGCUGUCGCAAUACUUACAGGAAAGUAAACUGGCAAGGAAGGUUGACGGCUAUUCUGAUUACUCGCAAGCACAAACGACCGGCCAGCCGAGCGAGACGCCGACAACUCCAGUACUCUUUCAUAUACAGAGUUUUCUCCUGCCGCUCAUGAACCCGUCCGCUGAAGGACACUUGUUUUAUCUGAAAAGCCAGGGUGACGUUCAAUUAAAAUAUAUGCUCCUUGAUCCAACUAACCAUUUUCGGGAUAUUGUUGAAGACGCCAGAGCGGUAAUAUUGGCAGGCGGGACAAUGUCACCUAUGACGGACUAUGUAAACCAUCUCUUUUCCUAUGUCGGACCUGAUCGACUGAAGACGUUCAGUUACGGCCAUGUUAUCCCACCGGAGAAUCUAACGGCACAAUCGCUGGGCAAGGGAGUUCUGGGCUCGGAGUUCAGCUUUACCUACAAUGCUCGCGAUUCCGAAAAAAUGGUAGGAUUUACUGGCCUCCCUCUGUAUUUUCCUGGUUCUCUCCAAGCAAUGGCAGGUAAAGAGCGAAUAUUCAUAUGAACCUUAAAUACUCUAACGCAUCUUAGAUACUUGACCUUGGACAAACCAUUGCCACACUUUGUCAGGUCAUCCCUGAUGGCGUUGUCGCCUUUUUCCCGAGCUAUGAUUACUUAAGUUCCGUGCUGAGUAUAUGGAAAAGGCCCGUCGAUGGUGGUGCACGCCAGUCAACGUUUAGUCUCAUUGAACAGAGAAAGCCCAUCUUCUACGAAUCACGUGGAGCUGUUUCCAAAACCGAGGAAAUACUUCAAGAAUACACAGCCGCUGUUGAAUCAGGUUCAGGAGCUUUACUUCUCUCUGUCAUUGGUGGAAAGCUAUCGGAGGGUAUUAACUUCUCCGACGAGCUUGGGAGAGGCGUGCUUAUCAUCGGGCUUCCCUUUCCCAACAUACACAGCGUAGUCUGGCAGUCGAAGAUAAGGUAUGUUGAAGAAAAAGCUCUGAAACAAGGCUCUGGAUCCGAGGAACAUAAAAGGACUAUGGCGAAGGCUUCCGGAAGAGACUUCUACGAGAACGCAUGCAUGCGUGCGGUUAAUCAAAGCAUUGGUCGGGCAAUCCGGCAUCGAAAUGAUUACGCCGCGAUCAUUAUGAUUGACAAAAGGUACGAUACACCCCGUAUACAAGGGAAACUGCCUACCUGGAUCAGACAGAGCUUUGUAUCCAGCCCUACACAUCGCCCAGCUGGCGUGAUCUUAAGCAGUCUCUCCAAAUUUUUCGCGAGGCAGGCAAGCUAGCAAGAAAUAUAUAUAUCUCAUUAUAAUAUUGACGCCAGAUUUCCGUUAAAUUAGCAAAAUUGUCCGUAUCUG